AUGCCUCCAUGCACCUGCAAUUCAGAUGCUGAGAGCAGUGAUCUGUCCAAUGAACCACAUAAGGAAAGAGCACCCACUGCACCACAUAGGCAGAUGCUAGUUGAUUUCCACCAAAGACUCUCCUGCACUCAUGAUGCUCUCAAGGAGGCCCCCAAGCUCACAACCAAGAACUGGUAUGCUUGGAACCCCCAUUUCUGGGGCAUCCUGUCCAAUUGGCCCACAGCCAUGAAGCACCUUGAUGGUACUGUUACCCCUGAGCACAAGAAAUAUGAUUGCACCCUUGACAGCAAACUAUGCACUAUCCUCCAAAGUAGUGCUUUGCUUGCUGGAAACAACAACAUCAACUACCUAUUUGUACACCCCACCAAUUCAGAACCCUGGAAGUUGCAAGACCUCUACUGCAGACUCAAGAUGGACCUCAUGAAGAUGAAAAAAAUCACUGAGUCAACCCUGCUCAACAAUGUUGGAAAAAUCCACAUGUUCCAGGCAAACAUCCACAAGCUCAUCACUGAUAUCAAUGAACACUGGGCCAAAGCUGAGUUGAUGGGUCAUGCCCUCCCCAAUAUCCUGAAAGUCAAGACACUCAUCAACCAGGCCAGAUACAUCACCUCAUAUCACCACACUUGA